UCAUCAGAGAUGUCCUACCCAACAACAAAAGGUGUAAUUGGUGGUAAAGGAGGUGGUCCUUUUUCAUUUACUGGUGAAAACAAUGGUGCCAGUUUAGAGAAGAUCUGGGUUUGGAUGGGAGAAUGGCAGAUCAAGGCUGUCAGGGCUUGGCUUUCAGAUGGUAGAGAUACAACCUUCGGAGUACCAUUUGGACAACAACAAGAGUUUGUGUUUUCACCUGGUGAGUGGUUCACCUCACUGUCCCUCUGGGAGAAUGGGGAAGGAUCACGUCUUGGAGCCAUCAAAUUCAAGACCAUGGAUAGUCAAGGUAAUGCAAGAGAAUUUUUUGCAAAGAUGACAGGCAGGGCUUUACCAACAGAAUGUCCGUUAGAUGUUGGCUCUGGAUAUUGUCUUGGUAUUGAGGGAAGAUCGGGUUCAGACAUCGACUGCAUGGGGUUCAAGUUUCUCAAUGCAGUUCAAUCAGCAGUUCUCACCAAUGUCAACUAUCCCACCAUCAACCAGCUGAUCCCAAAGGUGGCCGUGGAAGAGAUCAAGUCCAUGACAUUCAGAAACAACACCUCUGCUGCUCAACAACAAAAAAUAGAAAUGUCAAAGAAAGUGACCGUAGCGUCCUCAUGGUCUCUGCUUCAAAACCUGACAGCAGCAUUCGGCGUGGAUGUGCAGGCUGGCAUUCCAAAGAUUGGAGAAGUUCAAAAGAAUUUUAACGUCAGCAUCACACCAGAAAGCUCUUAUAACCGAGAUCACACAAAAGAGAAAAAUGAAACGCUGUCUAGCACUAUUGAUGUCCCACCAAAGAAGAAGGUGGAUGUUAGUAUCACCAUUGGCAGAGCCUGUUUUGACCUGCCGUACACUGGCACAGUGAAGAUCACUUGCAAGAAUGGCAGUGUGUUAACGUACGAAACCAAGGGACAAUACAAAGGCGUCACUUACACUGAGAUCAAAGUGAAAACAAAUGAAAGUGAUGUUGUCUAGACAGAUUGUCCUCGUUAAGAUCUAUUAUUUCUUGAUUUUACAUAUGUAUUUCCUCACUGAUUUUGUCAGUCAUUCUAAAUGUAACUGAAAU